CCAAAGUAUCUCUUCUGACCCAGGAUUAUGGCCCGAAAUCACGCGUGCAGCAGAUAGAGUUUUUUUAGUUAAACGUGGUCCAGCUGCACCUUUGUAUAAUUUUGAUUUUCCUUUUGAUGAUCAGCAUAGAAGAUUCUCACUAAAACAUUACAAGAAAAGGCUUAGAAAUGGAGAUGAGGUUUUAAGAGAAUGGAUGGUAUAUUCCGUAUUUAAAAACGCUUUGUACUGUUUUCCAUGUCGACUUUUUGCUGCACCAUCUAGCUUGAGCGCUCUUGGCAAUCGGGGAUUUAAAGACUGGAAGCAUUUAGGGGACUCUUCAGCACAUCAUGAAAAUGCUAAAACUCAUAUAGAUUGUUUGAAAUCAUGGCUUGAAUUGAAGCAAAGAUCGAAAAUAGGUGAAACAAUAGAUGCAGUUUCUU